AUCCUGUAUCAUUUUCUGCAUAUUCUCUAUUGCAUUAGUAUCACGAAAGAAAAUUUUCACACAUCUAAAAGCAACUAUAUGUCUGAUAAAACUUAAAGUACCUUAAAUUUCUUUUUUUAUAAGGUUAGUAGGAUAAUAGAUGAGAAACCGAAAUGACAAGCACUAGAGAACACAACAAAAAGACACUACACAAUUAGAGAACAAUCAGAAAGCAACAGCAACGCGUAUAAUCCCUCAAAAAAUCAGUUAUCAUUCCCAAUGGUCACAUCGACCAAUCGACAUCACCAACUGAUUAACUAUAUUUGUGUAAGCUGUCUCCCAUAAUUACAACAAUCGCUUUGGAAUCGCCGGCAGAUUUGGAGUCUUUUGGAUGAACCGCAUGAGGAGAAUUGCUAGGAUGGGCAAAGCUAAGGUCCCAUCCGCAGUUCAGAAAGAUAAAGAUGAGAGCAUAGUUUUCUUCAGGGAGCUGUGCAAGCAUGAGAAAGAUACGGAUAUGAAUCUCCUGGAACCGAUGUACUCCGUCGAGUUUGACGCUAUACAAGGUGGUCACAUGUCUAAACCUCCCACGGGCAGGAGAGAUUUCCUCGUGCCAAUCGCCGAGAAGCAUGACUAUGAAUGGCUGAAAACCCCUCCAGCUGCAUCUCUGUUUCCUUCCCUUGAGGUGGAAGCCAACUCCUCCAAGACGGUUCUCCAGGAGUUACCGAUCCCGCGACCGGUGAAACCUUUCGCUUCAAGGUUCUUAGGCAGGCCAGAGGGGACCAAAAAAGCAUCAUCUCCACCUGGUCCUCCACCCAUGAAGAACUUGACCAGAGGGGCUCCACCAGUCGACAAGAGAUCAACCCACACUGCCCUGCCCAGCAGGCAGCAGAAGCCAGCUGGUGUGACUGCUAGAGCUACCACUCCUACAAAUAGAAGCACAGCUAGAGCUGUUACUCCUACAAGCAGCAACUCGGCCAAGAAACAAUCGGACAUGUUCUAUGCAACCCAUGACAGCAGUGCAAAUGCAACGACAGAGAUAGUGCAGAGCCCAGAAGAAGUCCCUUACAUGGCACCCAAGAACCUGCUCACGACUGGGUCUGCAUUCCCCCGCCGCGGUGCACUAUCGACGAUGGUGGUAAGACCUCGAUCUAGGGGUCCUGCAUUUGGUGCAGACGUCAAAGGAGAAAGUAUUGGGUCAAGGCGGCCACCUCCGUGCCCCGCGGCGAGAUGUUUCAAUGAGCCGCAGGCAGAUAGCAGGAAGAACGUUUUACCUGCGAAGGGGAAAGCUGUAGCUGGCACUGGCGGCGAGCCUGCCGGUGAGGUUGUGCGGCCCAAGGGAAUGAGAGCUGCAGAUGGGAAGAGCGAGCGGAGACGACCAAGGUUUGCAGACAAGUGAAUGGGGAAUAUGUAUCAUCGAAUUAUAUGUUCAGAAACAUGACGGUUUGAGCAAAAACUAUAGAAAUCUAUGCGUUGUUUGCAGAUGUUGCAAAUGUGAAAAAUCAAAGUUCCAAAGGACAACCAUGUAAAAUUUGCUCCUCCCAUCGCAGACUCCUUUUCUUUGAAUUUGUCAAGUACUCGAGUAUAAGAUUUUGUACUUCCAACUACCGCCCUUCAGAUCAAAAGACAGGUUUACAUGUCCAGCAGUAUACAUGCAUGCACCUGGCAUAACAUCCUUGCUGUUUCAGGGGCU